AUGAGUAAUAAUAACAAUAAAGAGGAUAUACUCAAAAGCAGUGGUGAUAAUGUGAAAGGGGAAAUAAAAGAAACAAACGUAAUAAAUGAAAUGUUAAAUAAUUCAAGAUCAAAUCAAAGCAGCAGUUUAAAUGAAAGUGAACUACGUACCACUAGUAGUAAUACAGUUAUUAUAAGUUUUACUGAAAGUGACAGCACAAGUUCAUCUAGUAAUCGUGGUGAUACUAGUGACGGUGAUGAUAGUGAUGAAACAGACUCAACUAGCUCCGACGAUGAUGAUGAUGAUGAUGAGGACGAGUCUGCUCAAUCGAAUCAAAUUGCCGAUUUUUCUGGUCAAGGUUUUACUACUGUACCAUCAAUAAUAUUUCAUCGAAUAACAAUUACUAAAUUAAAUUUAUCUAAUAAUAAUCUUAGUUUUUUACCAUCAGAAAUAUGUGAUAUGAUCAAUUUACAAUAUUUGGAUAUAAGUCAUAAUAAUUUACGUGGUUACUCUGAAGUAUCUGAAAUGAAUUCAACUAAUACUUUUCAAAUGAAAAAUAAUAAUGAAUUCAUUCAUCGUAAUAGUAAAUUAAUGAAUAGAAAUAAAUCAAUUGAUUUAAAUGAGAAUGUACAAUUACCAAAAGAUAUGAAUCGUUUAAUUCAUUUAAAAACAUUAAAAAUCUCUUCAUGUGAUUUAAAAUUUAUUCCAAAAGUUGUAUUUCAAAUUAAUAGUUUAACUAAAUUAGAUUUAAGUGAGAAUUGGACAAAUGAAAUUCCUACAACGAUAGGUAACUUGUUGGAGUUACGUUGUUUAUUGGCUAAACGAAUGGGACUAAGUACAUUACCAGUACAGAUCAUUAAUUGCUCUAAAUUACGUACAAUAAAUUUAUAUGGAAAUGAGAUAACGUCGCUUCCGGAUGAAUUUUCAAAACUUUAUAAAUUAAAAGCCUUACAUUUAGAUUAUCGACACUUUAUAAAAGCUUUAAUUAAACCAAGGAAAGUUUCCAAAGUUAAAAUGGUCAAUUUUAUUGACUCAACUGAUGAAGCUGGAGAAAAUAAUAUUACAAUAGAAGCAAAUAAACCAAGAAAAUCUAUUGUAGCAGAAGAAACUGCAAUUUCAAUCGCUGAACGACUAGAUACAUUACUUCGAUCAGGUCAAAUGAAAUCACAUCAUAUACCGACCGUCAUUUUUAAACUACGAAGACUCACUACAUUACAUCUUGAUCGUUGCCAGUUAAACUUCAUUCCAGAAAACUUAACAUUACUAAAGAGACUUCGUGAACUGUAUUUAUCAAAAAAUUAUUUCAGAGAAAUUCCACAAGGAUUGUUUACACUAUAUAAUACAUUGGAAUAUUUAGAUUUAUCUGAUAACAAAUUAGAUGGUGAAGAUGAUAAGUCAGUUUUAUUACCAAAAGAUUUCGGAGCUAAGUUCCAAAUGCUUAAAGUAUUAAAAUUGUCUUCAAUGAAUUUAACUUGUUUGCAAAAUGGAGUAUUAUGUGGAAUGAUUAGAUUAGAACUAUUAGAUUUAAGUCGAAAUAAGAUAAGUCAAUUACCUGACGAUAUAAAUAGCCUGAUUAGUCUUGAAGAAUUAUUCCUCUCUGAAAAUAAGCUUACAUCAUUGCCAAAUACAAUAUGUCAACUCAAAGAACUUAGAACACUUGAUGUGAGCUAUAAUCAGUUAUCAAAUUUACCUGGAGAUUUAUAUUUACUCAAAAAUAUCCAGAUAUCUCACUUGUAUAAAGGAUUGAAUAGAUCUGGUCUUUGGCUCCAAGGUAAUCCAUUAACCAGUAUACCACAAAGUGUAUGGAAAACAAUAGAUACUAAACAUUUGUGGAAAUACUUAGAAGAUCAAAAAUUAAAAGAAUUAUCAAAUAUAAAACCAACUAAAAUUUUCAUAAUUGGUGAUAAAUUAUCUGGAAAAUCAACAUUAAUCAAACGUUUAAUGAAAGAGAGUUCAACAAAUACAAGUACACAGAUUAGUUUACCUUCACAACUUGAAAAUUUUUCAAUUGAAUAUAAAUCUAUAAAUCAAACUAUUCCAAAUAAUGUUGAAUUACCAUUAGAAUGGUCACCAAUAUUAAUAAAUCAUUGUUCUUCACCAAAUGGAUUUAAAGUUAUAUUUUAUGAAAUUACAUUACCUCAAUUAUGUUAUCUAGAUCAUUGUCAUUCUUCUUUAUGUAAUCAAUAUUCCGGAUUAGAAUUAAUUCUACCACAUAUUUUAGAUAUUAAUAGUCUUUAUAUUUUGCUUUUCAAUACAAAUUUAUUAGUCGAAAAUGUACAACAAACAAUUCAUAAUAUAUAUUUUCAUUUACUUAAAUUGAGAAUAUAUGCACCAGGUUCGAUUAUUAAAUUAGUAGGAACACAUUGUGAUCAAAUUGAUCCAUAUAAGUCUUUUUCACAGGACUCUAUCAAUACUAAUGAAAUCGUUGAAGAACAGAAUCAUUCAUUAGAAACAAAUAAAUCAGAAAACCCAGUGAUAACUAUUCAAAACAAUGAAUCAGAUGACAAUAUAAAAAGUACUCAAAACGGUGUUUGUAACGUACUUCAAAAACACAUAAUAAAUACUAUUGAACAUUUGUCAAAAUGCACUGAAUCAUUUAAUUUGCCCAAUCUGUACAAACAUGAAGUAAAUAAUAAAAUAACCGUUUUAGAGAAUAUCUCUUUUGUUAACCUAACUCUACCAUUAUCAAAACAUCUUACUGCCUCUUCUCAUGAAGAUAAAGUACAUGUUACAAAUCAAUCAUACUUGACCAAUAUCACUAACAUAGACAAAUUAUGGAGUGAAAUUGAACACCGAAUAAAUUAUACCCGUCAGACAUUUAAUAGAGAUUGUUUCAUUCCUAAAUCAUGGCAUUCUUUAAUCGUUUAUAUACGUGAUAAACUGAAAUCAUAUUUUAUGGUAAAACUUGACUUACAAUCACAACAAAAUAAUGAAAACUGUUCAUCAUCUAAAAUUGAAAAUAACCAGUUAACUUUGGACAAAACAUUUUUUGACGAAAUGAAAAUUGAUAACAUUGAAGAUUGUUUAAAUUACUAUCAUUCGAUCGGUCAAUUUUUCUAUUUUCCAAAACAUAAGUAUUUAAAGAGUUAUUUAAUUUUACAUCCAACAGUAUUUCUUACGAUCAUUAAUGGUAUAAUAAAUCCACAAGUUAUAACUUCCGCUUACUAUGAUAUGAACAACAGUAGUAAGAGUUUAUACCUUAGAUGGUACUUAAGUGCAAUAUCUGGUUAUUCAAAUGAAAGUUUAAAAGAAUAUUUCAGUUCAUGGGAUCAUCAUAAAUCAAUUCCAUAUCAACUGAUACGUUGUCUACUUCCUCCAUUCGGAUAUCGUACGUGUAAAUCAAUUUCAUCCAAUAAAACUCAUCAACAAACAAUACAACAACAGCGUAUACAUCAAAACAAACGAAAUCAUCAAUUAAAUGUACCAUCACAUCAUCAAGGAAGCAAAUUUGCCAUGAGGUCUUCAACUAAAUCAAAAUCUCCUAUAGGUUUGUUAAAACAAGUUAAAACUGAGAAAGAUUAUUUCAGUCUAUCAGUUCAUUCAAUUAGUGAACCAAAUUUAUCAAUUAAUAGUGUUUUACUACUGACAGAUCUUUUGGAAGCUGGAUUUCAAAUUCAUGAUUUGAUUUUAGUUAAUGAUCAUUUGAAAAAUGUACAACUAAACAAUCCUAGACCUUAUAUGAUAUAUCCUUGUAUAUUUUCUGAUAAUAAUUCAAUGGAAUUUUUAUAUAAUAAUACAAUAAGUUACAUAGAUUUGAAUACACAAUAUAAAAUAGAAGAAAAUGAAUAUGUACGUGAAAUAUGGUUUCCAUUAGGUCGACCUAUGGGUUAUUUUAAUCGACUUUCGGUUAACUUAUGCAAAGUUAUAUGUGAUCAAACAACAUACAUUGAAUUUUGUGAUUUGAUCCCAGAUUUAAUAUAUACAGAAAAAGUUAUAUCAAAUGAUUCAAUUAUUAAACAUAAUACAUUUAUUGUUACAUAUGACUAUACUAAAAUUAUAUUAGAAGAAGUAACUGUUGAUGGAAGCCUAUUUUCUCUAUCCAAAUGUGAUAUCCUAUAUGGAAUUAGAUGUAUACAAAAAACUAAACAAAAAUUUAUUGAUAAUGUACAGUCAAAUGAUAUUGCUUUUAAUCCAUUUCAAUGGUUCAUUGAAACAUGUAACAAGUUAAAUGAUGAAGCACAAGGCAUUGUUUGGUUUUGGUCUAAAUAAUCCACCUUUUCUAAAUAGUUGAUAACUAAUCUCAAAUAAAAUGAAUUAAAUGAAUUUUUUGAAGUUAAUUAAUUAUAACAAUCAAAUAUCGUGGUGAUGAUUUAUUAUUAUUCUGAAGAUGAUUAGUUUCAAUCUAGACAGUAAAUUGGAUCAACGCAUUUAGGAUACUUCAAAGUUGAAGAUGAUUUAUAAAAAAUCAUUCAAAUAAUUUAGAAUGUAAGGAUUCUGUUUCGUAAUAUAUUUUACUUGAAAUAACAUACCGUAUUUACUAAUUUAAAUGUAAAGCAAUUAGUCCCUUUGAUAAAUUUCGAUAAUGUAUUUUGAAAAGAAAAACUUUGCCAUUAAUCCCGGUCCAAGUUACAGGACUCAAAGAAUUUCAUAUUGACACUGACUUAUGUCAUUAAAAUUAAUUGUACAUGACAGAUACAGCCAGUUUUUUGGUUGAAUAAUUUUUUUCCGAUUUUUUUCUUAAGUCUUUCUCAUUCUACCCUGUUCAUCAUCUCAUCUCAUAUACAUUAAGCAUGUAAGAUCUUAAGUGUUCUACACAAAAUAGAAAAAUAUGACACACUAAUUUACAUUCUCCUACUAGAUGUGUCAUUUUUCAUAUCUUACCUGACGCCUGACAAUCCUCUCAAAUCUGUUGGUCACCUUUUUUUUAGGCAUGCUCAUAUUGCAUUAUUUUCAUUUUGUCAGAUGUAACUUAAUUAAUCAUGUACAUUAGUAUCCUUAUGUGCUUACAUACUCUUAUAAAAAUU